AUGUCGGACGAGUGCCCCCCGGAAAUCCUCAACCCAGGGGUGCGCAAGAACUGGCACUUGUUCGAUGCUGAGUCGCGCGCAGGCUUCCUUCUAGACGCCAGAGGUGAUCAGCGCGCAGCGUCGCGAGGCGUAGGCAACGGACGCACCAACGGACCCCACGGAUCGCGGCAGUCACAGUAUUACGGCCUAGGUAUGCGUCCUCCGCAAGGCGACCCGUACAACACGGAAGAAUACAACGCUGAUGGAGAAGGAGACGGGACCAGCGCGGUGGACGAGGGUGUCCGCCAAGCCGGUCUGCAUCUGGAGGCUCCGGAGACGGCCGCAACAGAACAUGCCGAUGAGCCCCCCGAAGGCUCUGAUGACGAUGCAGACGAUGUGUAUGCUCCGGAUUUGAACACGCCGAAGGACGACUCGGAUCCCCUGACGAUUGUAAACACCAAGUACAAAGAGCUCAGCCCGACGCAGAAGAAAGCGAUAUUGAAGUGCCAGUCGGCUGUUUCGGCCUCCUUUCGCGAUGUCACGGGUGUUCCCACCACAAAGCAUCCGUGGCCGAAGUGGACUGGUGAGGGAGACUGGACUGGACCGGGAAUGGAGAUCAACCUCGAGGGCACGGUCACGCACCGUGUCAAUCUCGCCAUGCAAGACUUGAAGAAAGAUAAAUCGACCCAUCAACUAUGGAUGAACGCACCCGAUGUCAAGCUGACGCUAGGCCUUCUCAUCGAGAUUGCCAAGUGUACGUUCCGCGGGUUCAAGCGCCCCUAUCGCGCCCAGCAUGAUGCCGAUGCCAAGAAGCGUUUGGACGAUAACGGGCGGUUCAGUCGCUGGUUGAGCCGGCGAAGACAGACCUGCCAAAACCUGAUGUCAGCCGUCCCAGAGUACAAGGAGAUCUAUGGGGUCGACCCUACCCCACUCCUCGUUGCGGACUUGAUGUCUGACGAAGCGAGCGGACCCGAGGAGGGCAGCGAGACGGUCCUCGAGUGGAAGCGCCGCAUGGCAACCUUGGAGGGCCGUGUCGACGUCUCUGACGAGUUCCUUACCAAGAAGACGUACUUUGAGGUGAUCACGCCGAACUGGCGAUCAGAUGCGCUAACAAAGAUAUACCACGAGCUCGCGCGGCUCUGGUACAACGCUUUGAGCGUUCGAUUUGCGAACGCGAUGGUAACACGCAUCCGGACUUCGAAAAGGGCCACAAAUGUACCACCGCCGUACACGCCCUACAACUUCGGGAUCAACCAGGAGUGGUACGCCAAAAACAAGAGCGAGCCGGCUUACAAGAUCUUGCUGCGCAUGUGGGGUCAGUUCCCGGACCCGCCUGGGUUUGGCGCGAACACCGAGCCCGAAGCCGCUCCUGCGGAGACGAUCAAUGCGGCUGCGUCGACGUCUGGUUCCGUCUGA